AUGACUCUGCGCACAGAAUAUUUCAUCGAAGUGCUACUGUGCUACUUAAUUUUUGUUGAUGCUCGAGUGGAUCGUGUUAAGCAAUGCCAUUUGAUCUGCGCUGAAGGAAUGAGCAGAGCAUGCUGCGAGUGCAUCGGUUGUCAUCAGGGUAUGCGAUUCGGUAAACGAUCUCAAUCCGAUACAUUCCCAGCACCGAAUUAUCAGCAUUAUUCCAAGUCCUUAAAACGCAACUUCAUUGAACCGUACGUUGAAAGUUGGAAUGACGCUGAAGGUGACGAGAGCGCAGCGGAAGAUGAAGACGACACCAGGAGAUUUUUGUGGCUAGAAUAA